AUGGAGGAUGAAGCUCUGAAGUAUCUGGAGCCAUGCCUACGGAAAGGUAGUGAUGGUGACAGAUGCUUCUGGUCUUGGUCGUUUAAUUCUGCUUGGAUCUUACUGAGGAUGGUUGGAACAUCCUUGCCUCUGAUUAUAAGGAAGGCAGAUAGAUUUGUGUCUAACGAAAUGAAUCAAUUGAUUUCAAUUUUGAGUUCAUCUUUGGAUUCUAACAUUAACCCUCGUCCAAGAGGAGUUGUUGUAGAGCUCGAUGUGAGCGUCGAGGUACCUGAAAUUGAUCCCUCUGUGCAGAGAGCCUGGGAUGUGUUCAGUCAGAUUGAUGCCUUGGUUAACAACACUGGAGUUAGAGAUAUGGUUCGUCUCUCUCUCUCUCAAACGUUCAUGCCAUUACCUGAAGAUAUUUUCUCAGUUGUUUUAAAUGUUCUAGUGGUGUUGGCAUUGUACAAUCAAGAAUGCACUUUAGUCACAUAUAUAUGCAUUUUACAUCUGAGAAUGGGAAUGAUACAUGCCAAACACAGCCUAAAUGUCUAUGCUGAUGCACUUGAGGUAGCAUAUGGUCAUUAA